GCUGCGCAUGCGCAGCCCGGAGGUGGUUGGUGCGGUGCCGAGCGGGAGCAAGUUCCAACUUGGCACGGCAGGAUAGGCUGUUGAAUCUCACGUUGCUCUGCUGGCGGUGCGGUUAAUGUCUGGGUUCUGAACCUCGCGCCUGGCCCGGCCCCUCCCGGGACCCCAGCCUCAUUCAAUAUACAGGAUGAAUGGUGCUCAUUGAAUAGGUCUUCUUCAGGGAGCCAGUUGAACUUUGCUGUAUACUUUGGUAUUUAAGUUACUUGUCAAGUUGGCUUGAAAAAGCAGUGGAAAGAAGAUGUUUCAUGUUGUUCGGUAUCAGCAUCUAAAAUUAACCCAGAACAUUGGUUCUAGUAUACAUCUAAAGUUGAUUUUUCCAAGAGCUCUUGCAUUUGCACAACUGUGGAAGUCAUGGCUGUCAACUCUUUCUCUUGUUGGAGACCAGAAUAUUGUCCUGAUGGGACCUCCUGGAUCUGGGAAAACAACAGUUGGGAGAAUAGUAGGUCACAAACUCGGCUGUCGUGUCAUAGAUGUGGAUGAUGAUGUCCUUGAAACAACCUGGAAUAUGAGUGUGUCAGAAAAAUUGCAGGAUGUUGGUAGUCGGCAAUUUAUAGAAGAGGAAGGAAAAGCCCUGUUAAAGUUUUCAGCAUCUGGAAGUGUAAUUUCCCUUUCUGGAUCCAAUCCAAUGCAUGCUGCCAGCAUGCAGCAUGUGAAGAAAAAUGGGAUUGUUGUGUAUCUGGAUGUACCCACAAGAGACAUAAUAGAUAGGCUGGAAUUAAUGAAAGUGGAUCGUAUUGUGGGGCAGGAUUCUGGAAUUUCUGUGAGAGACAUACUUCAGUUUAGGAAGCAAUUUUAUAAAAAAUGGUAUGAUAUCCGUGUUCUUUGUGAAGGUGGACUUACAGCAGAGGCUGUAGCAGAUAAAGUACUUGAUGCGGUUAAGAGAUAUCAAGACUCAGAAUCAGAAACUUUUAUUUCAACCAGACAUAUAAGGUCUGAAAUGUGUGAGCAAAAAGGCUCUGUUAAAUAUUUUACUGAAGCUGUUGUUGAGGGCCUAGCAUCUGAUGGUGGACUCUUUGUUCCUGAGAAGGGGCUUCCAACAUUCUCUGCUGGAGAAUGGCAAAGCUUAGUAGAAGCAACUUACAUUGAAAGAGCUCAGAUUAUAUUGGAAAGAUUUAUACAUCCUGCUGAUAUACCUGCUUUCAAGCUGGGAGAAAUUGUUGAGAUUGCUUAUGGAGAAAACUUUACUUGUUCUAAAAUUGCCCCUCUUAGGUAUCUGACAGGCAACCAGUUUCUCCUUGAGUUGUUUCAUGGACCAACAGCCUCAUUUAAGGAUUUGGCAUUACAGUUGAUGCCUCAUCUAUUUGCAUACUGUAUUCCCAAAAGAUGCAAUUAUUUGAUCCUAGUAGCUACUUCUGGAGACACAGGGAGUGCUGUCCUAGAUGGUUUUAGUCAUCUUAGUGAUACUGACAAGCAAAGAAUUGCUGUGGUCACUUUCUUUCCUGAGGAUGGAGUAAGCCAGAUUCAAAAAUCACAAAUGAUUGGCUGCCAAAGAGAAAAUGGGUGGUCAGUGGGUGUCAAAUCUGAUUUUGAUUUUUGCCAGACAGCUAUAAAAAAAAUAUUUACCAAUUCUGAUUAUUCUGGCUUUCUUACUGUAGAAUAUGGAACAGCUUUAAGUGCAGCAAAUUCUAUAAACUGGGCUCGACUACUUCCCCAAGUUAUUUAUCAUGCCUCUGCCUACCUUGACCUUGUUCAUCAAGAUAUUAUUACUUUUGGAAGCCCAAUAGAUGUGUGUAUUCCUACAGGAAACUUUGGCAACAUAUUAGCUGCAUUAUAUGCAAAAAGGAUGGGAAUCCCUAUCAGAAAAUGUAUUUGUGCAUCCAAUGAAAAUAAUGUUUUGACCGAUUUCAUAAGAACAGGUCUUUAUGAUUUAAGGGGAAGAAGAUUAAUGCAGACUUCAUCACCAGCAAUAGAUAUUUUGAAGUCUUCCAACCUUGAACGAUAUUUGCAUCUGAUUGCUAGUGGUGAUGGACAGCUGGUGACACAAUUAUUUAGUGAACUGGAAAAGCAGUGUCACUUUCAGUUGCAGAAAGAUCUACUUGAGAAGCUUCAGCAAGACUUGGUGGCUGGGUGGUGCUCUGAGGAGGACUGCCUAGCUGCCAUCCACUCUGUAUACAGUACUACAGGGUAUAUUUUGGACACACACACUGCUGUUGCUAAAGUAGUUGCAGAUCGAUUACAGGAUAGAACAUGCCCAGUUAUCAUUUCAUCUACAGCUCAUUAUUCCAAGUUUGCACCUGCUAUCUUGCGGGCUUUGAGGAUUGCAGAAAUAAAACAGAAUCCAUUAAGUCAGCUUCACUUACUGAGUUCUUACAGUCCUUUGCCUCCAGUCCAUAGGGGCCUAUUAAAGACACUGAAAGAGAAUGAGAAGCAGAAACAUCAGAUCUGUGCUGCUGAUGUGAAUGUCAUGAUGGCACAUAUAGAAACUGUAAUACAAAAUCAGUUUAUGAAAGUUUUCUAAGUAAACUCACAUGGUGUUUAUUAUACCAAUUUAAAUAUUUUCUUCACGAAAAAGUCAUGUUUUAAUAAAUGCAUAGUACACAAGGUCUUUGAUAAGUUUAUAUUCUGAGUAUACUUUCUCAUUUUCAUGUUCAGUUAAAACACUUUAACACUGAUUUUAAAAAUGUUUGCAUGCGUGUGAGAAUUCUAAUCCUGGUGAAUGGUUCUUGCUUGAAAGCCCAAGAGACUGAGGGGCUGUUUUACAGAAAUAGUAUAGUAUGGACAGCAGUAGCGCAUGCUUCCCCACACAACCCUGGCAGUGUGCCUCAAUCCUGACCUAGGAGCGAGCACUUCUAAGGUGAAAGGGUAAUCCUGUCUGAAACUGCUAACAAGUGCUACAGGUGUGUUGUUGUGUAUUUGGUAUGUGCUGUGAAUACUUGUCCACAGGGAAUUUAGCUAAACAUUAAACUAAUCUCACACAGGGCAUUGAAAAGCCUUCAGGUGUAGUAACAGCUUUCAUCUUCUCAUCAGCUGGGAUACAAUGAAACUGGAAUCCUUGAAGUUAAAUUAC